AUGCGCGCGGCCGGAAUCCGACCCGUGCCAAGGGACACCGUGUCACUGCCCAACGCAGCUGGCCAGUCUAGACCCUCUUCACCGGCCCCAUCAGCCACAUCAACUAAAAGUCGAAAGGCUACGGUCACAAAGAGGAAUGAGCAAAAACCACCGCCAUUGGGCCACGAUGUAUCAGACUCCGAGGAUUCCGAACCGGAGGACUCGGAGGAGGAACAAGAAGAAGAGCCGGACCAGGACCAAACCUUGGAAUCCCAAAAGUCCGACUCGGAUGCUGACGAUGACCAGAGCCCUGGUAAAUUGACCAUGGACGUCCCACCGGACCAUGACAUGGAAAUCCCACCUGGUGAUGAAAAUCAGCCACCUGAUGGCGACCAGGACAUGGAGGACCAGGGCGGCGCAGAAGGCGCCAGUCAGGACCAGAGCGGCGCAGAACGCGCCAGUCGACAAAGUCCGGCCAGCGUAGAAGACGCUGAGCCAAGUGGAAGCGGUGCACCGCCCCAACGGGAAAGAGUGCGAGACUCCACCUCACCAGAGUCAAACGAUGGUGAGAUCCAGUGGACUUUGCCUGACCCAUGCCCGGCCAAACCGCGCAUUGAUUAUGCCGCCACCAAGGACUAA